CAAGUCUACAACUGCAGCCCGUCCCCCUUCUGCGAUAUUGGUUCACAGAAAUAAAACUCGACUAUGGUGGAGCUUUUCUAAAGUUAGAUCAAGCUGAUUAAUUGCAACAAAGGAUUAUUAUACCGCUGUUUAGAUCUGACAUUUUCCCCUGAGAACAUGGGCAGACCGUGCAUAUGCUUUUCAUGGACUUGCAGACCGGUGUGGGCAGUUUUUAUUAUUCUGGCUACAAUGCCUUGUGUGUUGUACUGCUCAGAUAGUCCAGCAGCGGUUGUUGGCAAAAUGUAUCCACGCGGCAAUCACUGGGCAGUAGGUCAUUUGAUGGGGAAGAAGAGCAUCGAGAGCCUGCCUGAACUGCAGGAGACAAACAGUGACUACCUCACACCCCCAGAAACAGCUGGGCCCACAGAGCCGGACCUGUACGAGCGUCUGAUGGAGGCUCUGAUGCAACAAAAGAACCAAAAACAGAUGAUGCCUCAAACUGCGGACGGGCUGUUCCGGCUGCGCAGCGGCUGGAGAGAAGAGGACAGAGACAAAUAUCUCAGAGAGGUCAGUUUGUGGAUUGUACCUCUCCGUUAUCUUAUUAUUGUCUAA